AGAGGACAAAACCUAUAUAUACCAUUGUCAAGUGCAGAGCUUGAAAGGAAACUCACUUUAACUUGAUAUAUAUUUAUAGUUAAGUUAAUUCUAACCGGACUAUAAUGUUACGGAUUUUCAUCUUUCUAUUGUUUAUAACAUGCACCAGUGGCCGAUCCUGGAAAAAAGGCGUCACUGCGUAUGCACCAAAGCUACGGUGUGAUGAUUUCAAAGCACUCAGCAAUAUAUCGUGGUGGUACGACUGGUCAAGUAACCUCGACCGAUAUGAUCAUGCAAGGACGUUAAACAACUGCCCACCCAAUAUGGACAUGGCUCCCAUGCACGUGCCGAUGAUAAAGACAAUAUGGAAAAAUGGUACCCAUCCAACACUCUCACCGGGAGCCAAGUACGUCUUGGGCUACAACGAACCCGACCAUGCAGACCAGGCGGACUUGACCCCAAAACAGGCGGCGGACUUCUGGCCGGAGGUCGAGCGGCUAUCAGCGGGACUCCCCUUGAUUUCACCAGUAACGGCCGGACAGGACUUCCCUUGGCUGGAUGAGUUCUUUCGCCUCUGCAACAACUGUCGCGUGGAUUACAUCGGCGCGCAUAUGUAUAGGUGCAACGCGGACCAGAUCAUGUCGUUCCUUCAGCAGCUGCACAGGCGCUAUCACAAGAAGGUGUGGCUCACGGAGUUUGCGUGUCCCCACACGACGGACGAGAAUGACCAUCUCCACCUUAUGCAGACAUUACUACCCAGACUGGAGGCUGCAAACUACGUUUACAGGUACUCAUGGUUCUCAGCUCGAUUUCAUGGGACCGCGUUUGUCUCCAACUCGACAAGCCUGCUCCACAGCGACUCAUCUACACUUACAAAAAUUGGGCGAUUCUACAAUGACUUUGAGCCCAGCGGAGCCACGCAUAUUGUUGGCUAGUAUACGCCCUAUGUUAUAACAGAAAGAGAACUUAAAUAAAGGUGUAAACGUC